CACAGUUCUCCCUCCGUCACUUCUCAUACCUACCAUUUCUCAAGUUCGCAAGCGGGCAAAAAUGGACAAAUAUCUAGUCAAUUUCAAAUCCUCCGCCGAAAGUGCUCGCUCUUUCGGAAGGCGUAUUUGGGAAAGGCAAGCCAUAGAAGUAAAUGGAAGAUUCGAUCCUAAUUAUCGACAUCAGAUGUUUGAUAUGUUAGUUCGUUCCUAUUCUGAGGUUGGGGCUUUCCCGCAUUUGUAUCAUGUGAAUGGAAAUGGAGAGCCUUGCCAAUCUCAUGUGAAUCGACUUGCAAGUGAGGCAAAUACUGAUCACAGCGUGUUUUUUAGGAAGCAAGGCAUCUCUGCCGUAGACUUUGACAAGAAGGGAAUAUACCUGGUCUCUGUGACAAAAUCAGGUUGCUUAACAGUUCAUGACUUUGAAUCCCUAUAUUGCCGGAUACAUGAGUUAAAAUGCUUGGAAGAAGAUGAAAGCAAGCAUGUAAUGCAUCUCUCACUAAAUCGGCAACUUGAUGUUGUACAAUGGAAUCCACUUAACCAGGACGAGGUUGUCUGUGCAUCUGUAAAAAGUAAUGAAGUACUUAUAUUUGAUGUUGGCUAUAUCUCUUCUGAACCAGUUGAAGUUUUAAGAACAAGACAAACAGCCACAGUACAUGGAUCUAGCAUUCUCAAAGGUCUAUCUGAUAUUGCCCUCAUGUCAAAUGACUCAAAGAUACUUGCUUCUGAUACACAUGGUGGAAUCAAUGUAUGGGAUAGAAGAGUGAAAGCUCUCCCUUGUCUUGAGCUUGCAUCUAGUUCCUCUGGUAUGCUUAACAGCAUCCAAUUAAAUGCAGAAAAUCAGAUCAUCUUUGGUGCUGGGAAGGAUGGAAUGGUGUAUGUAUGGGAUAUUCGGGGUGGAAGAGCAUCUUCUACUUUCCAAAGUCACAAAGAGGCAUGCCAUCCACCUAUGAUGUCAUUGAGAUUGGCAUCGCUGAUGGAUAAGAUUGAAUCUCUGAAGGCGCAAUCUGAUAUCAUUCCAAAGGAGAUACACUCUAUCAAUCUUAAUCCAUCUUGCCCAUAUCAGUUGGCAUUCCACCUUGAUGAUGGCUGGUCAGGCGUUCUGGAUAUUUAUAAUCUUAAAGUCACGCAUAUUCAUUGCCCCCCACCUGCUUGGUUAAAUGAUUCUUACGUUUCAGCUGAGCCAUCAUAUAUUAGAAAACCAUCAUGGUUAUCCGCAUGUUCGAUCUAUGUAGUUGGUUCAUCAUCAGAAUGUGGCAUUCAUCUCCUGGAUUUCUAUCCCAGCGCAAGUUCAUCAUGCCAUGUGGAUUUCAAGGAGGAUAAACAGGAAAUGUCGGGAGUGAAGAAUCAAAACAGAUUUGUUGGUUUAUCUGAAGGAGUAACUGCAUGUGCUAUUCAUCCCUUAUAUAAUGCCAUCAUAGCUGGUACGAAGUAUUCAUCUUUGCUCAUGAUUUCCCAGAAACGUGAGUCAUACAGAGGUGGAGAUUAUUAGUCUCCAUCAUUCAUUUUCGCUUGUUUAUUCUAGCUGCUCUAUUAAUGUCUUAUCCUCUUGCAAAUGAGUUAGUCUUUGUAACAAGUCCAGUUUCUCUCCUCUACGUGUCUCAUCUGAAACUGUUAAAUUCAAUCAUUGGAUGGUCCAACAAUGUAGCGGACAGUUCACUUAGCGGAGGGAUAACUUUAGUCAGUGUAGCAAGCAUUUAGAUACAAUAUUUUCUAGUUCCAAUCUCCAAAUGGUACUGUGUCUGGGAAGAAAAGAAACCACAAAAUAAAACUCAUGGGCAUGAAAGACUACUUUACAACAUUAUCUGAGUAUGUAGCCGUUGGGCUGCGCAUUCUUGCAGAUCUCAGACAUGCUUGAUGAAAGAGUUUGCAAUCUAAAGCCAUCGCCUUCCUACAUUUAAUCUCCUGUAAAUUGUAAAUUUCUGGAACUCUGCUUGAAGCAGAUCUCCCCAAUCUUAUAUCUUAUUGGG